ACUCGCUGCUGCUCCUCCGAAACGCCCAGAUUGCAAACCACAGAGCUGCCUGCAACAGAGAGAGGGAGAAAAGGAGAGGGAAAAGGAGGAGGAAGCUAAGAGCGGAGAGCAGCUGCAGCCAGCUUUCACGGGCAGGAACGACUGCACAUUGCACAGGCUGCGUCUGCCAGGAGGAGGUCGAUACGAAACUUGGGAUUUUGCUUAACUUCAUUUUCAGAUCAUUUUCUCGUACGGUUCGAUCGUCUCACCCGAACAACAAAAGUGAUUUGGUGUUGGCGAUUCGACCUCCUGUUCAUUGAGAGAAAAAAAGAGGAAAUAUUCCCUGUGUUUUUCUUCUAAGAGGAGUGAGGAAAACGAAAAAGAAGGGGGGAAAAACCCACUUCUCGCCCUUAGCCCGGAGUGUUUUUACUUAAUUGAAUCUAUCGGCCGGUUCCUUUGCUCUGGAUUUUCUUUUCACUUCUAUUUUUUCCCCUUCUGAUGGCUUGCAAGUUGGACUGAAGCAGAGUUUGGAAAGCAAAAGUUUGUUUUAGGGCUGGAUUUAUUUGCAAACCACAGGAAGAAGAAAAUACAAGGGAGAGAGGGGUUGGUGCAGAGCCGCGAUCACGGAGUUCAGAUGUGUUCUAAGCCUGCUGGAGUGAUCACCCUUCAGAAUCCUGAUGGAGACGAGAGCUCAGAAUGGCAGUGGGUCCCAGCCCUUGUUACAGGCUCCCCGUGACAGCGGCAGGCAGCAUGGGGAGCCUGACCCCAGAGAUGCUCUCACGCAGCAGGUUCACGUGUUGUCCCUGGACCAGAUCAGAGCCAUCCGGAACACAAACGAAUACACCGAGGGACCCACGGUGGCCCCCAGACCGGGGCUCAAGCCCGCCCCUCGACCCUCCACCCAGCACAAAAACGAGAGACUCCACGGCUUCCCCUCGGAGCACCGCCAGCUUAGCAGGGUCCAGCACUCACAGACACACUCUUUUGUCCGAGCGCCCCUGUCUCGGUCCAUCAGCACCGUGAGCACGGGAUCGAGGAGCAGUACAAGGACAAGUACCAGUAGCAGUUCCUCGGAACAGAGACUCUUAGGAUCCUCGUUUUCUUCUUCAGGGCUAGUGGCCGAUGGCAUCAUCCGUGUGCAGCCCAAAUCGGAGCUCAAGCCGGGGGAACUGAAGCCCUUGAGCAAGGAAGACGUGGGCCUGCACGCCUACAGGUGUGAGGACUGCGGCAAGUGCAAGUGUAAGGAGUGCACCUACCCGCGUCCUCUGCCGUCGGACUGGAUCUGUGACAAGCAGUGCCUCUGCUCGGCUCAGAACGUGAUUGAUUACGGGACGUGUGUGUGCUGCGUGAAAGGCCUCUUCUAUCACUGCUCCAACGAUGACGAGGACAACUGUGCGGACAACCCGUGCUCCUGCAGCCAGUCCCACUGCUGCACUCGGUGGUCGGCCAUGGGGCUCAUGUCCCUCUUUCUGCCUUGUUUGUGGUGUUACCUUCCAGCCAAGGGUUGCCUUAAGUUGUGCCAGGGCUGUUACGACCGAGUGAACAGGCCAGGGUGCCGCUGUAAAAACUCCAACACAGUUUGCUGCAGAGUGCCCACUGUCCCACCCAGGAACUUUGAAAAACCCACAUAGCAUCGUUGAUCAGGAAUACUGCAGUAGUAAUACGAAUUAUUACUCUGUCCCUCUCUCUGUCCUCUCUCUCUCUCUCUGUC